CGUAAGAUUUACGCGUCAAGUAUGGCUGGACGUGGUUCUGGAUUAGGAAAAGGCAAUGAUAAAAAUGUUGCUUCGCUACUACUUCAACCCCCUGGAUCUGGAUUUUCGUGGGAUCAAAUGGCAGGGAGUGCUAUUCUACUACCUGUAUCACAGUCAGGAGAAAUGGAUAGUUUUGUAGGACAGUCACUCCUGGCAACAGAGCAACAAGUUGCAUCUCCUACCAAAAGCAUAAUGCAACCACCUGUACCUUCUCAGAGAAAGGAUUCAGGUGGUAGUGGUGGUAUGCUGAGUCAGCUCCAGCAGCCCUUGCGUCCACCCCAAGCAAAAUUACCAACAAAGUCACUGUCUCCGAUGUCAAGUGAAACUUCAACUCCAAGUGAUUCCCCAAGACCAUCUCCUGCUCCUACUCCUAUUUCAGAUACCACAGUAGGACCCCCACCCAUAAGUACAGUACCUUUGUAUUCUGGACCCACAAAUAUCCCACCACAUACAGUGGGGAGUGUUUCUGAUUUGUCGGGCCCACCCCCAACAGGCCCAGCUCAAAAUUUUCGUCGUCAGUCACCAAUGAGAUAUGCACCUACACCAGGAUUAUAUGGAAAGCCAAAUGUAGUACCAGGAAAUUUCGGACCUCCUCCAGUGGUUGAUACUGCACCUCCUUUGGUCCCAUCAUCAGGCUCACAAGAGCAGAAUAUCUCUGUGACCACAUCACCAAUCCUCCAGCUCCCCCAAACCUCACAGAUGCCAUAUGGAGCUCAGACACAAGCAUGGAACCUACCUGUAGGAUUUAUAACAUAUCAACCAGUCCAGCCUCACUGGUUUUAUGAAAAAGAAAUUGAGAAGAGAAAACUUUGGAUACCUUUUAGUAUUAUUGAUUCUCUUAAUCUUGAGGAAGCAUAUAAAAGAGAUCCUCAUGGUAGUGUUGUAGCUACAGAUGGAGGUAGAUAUGAUGUUGUUUUGGGAGAACGACUGAAGAAGUCUGUAUAUUGGGAAGAAGAACCUCACUCAGUUAAGAGAUGUACUUGGUUCUACAAACAAGAAGGGCAGAACAAAUUUGUCCCAUACGAAGAAGACAUUGCUAGUAAACUGGAGGAAGAGUUCAAAUAUGCAGUUUCCAACAACAGCUGGAAUAGAAGGAUAGAGUUACCUGAUUCUGAAUUAAUCAUCAUGUAUAGCCCUAAUUCCAUCCUCCACACACUACCCACCAACAAGCCUGAUGAAUGGGGAAACGUAAUUGAGAUUCAACGACCUCGUGUUGUGAAAAGAGGAGCUGAAAAUUUUGAGCUUGUUGAUUAUGGAGAAUCCACACAAAUUGACCAUCUGGUGUUUGUAAUUCAUGGAGUUGGAGCCAUUUGUGACUUAAGAUGUCGUUCUGUUGUAGAAUGUGUGGAUGACUUUCGAAGUCUUGCCAUAAACCUCCUUCAGAGCCACUUUAAAGAACAUGUGGAUGAAGGCCAGGUGGGAAGGGUGGAGUUUCUUCCAGUUUCUUGGCACUCAACACUACAUAGUGAUGCAACAGGAAUUGACAAACAAAUGAAAACAAUCACACUGUCAAGCAUCCCCAAGCUCCGAAAUUUUACCAAUGACACACUACUUGACAUACUCUUCUAUACAAGCCCAGUUUACUGCCAGACCAUAGUAGACACUGUCGGGUCUGAAUUGAAUCGUCUCUACCAUUUGUUUUGCAGUCGAAACUCGACCUUUCAGGGAAAAGUUUCUGUUUCUGGCCAUAGCUUAGGUUCUUUGAUCCUCUUUGACAUUCUUGACCACCAGAUGGACCAAAGUCCUUUGAAAGGUCAAAGUCUUCCUGAUGUCUCAUUGGUUCCAUCCAUACAUAGUGCUGCUGUAGAACAACAACAAUUACUCAGUGAGGAUUUUACAGCAGACCAAGAUGUGCCAGCAACAUUAGAAUCUGUUUUUGAAAAACUAGGUCUUGUAGAAUAUGUGAGCAAAUUUGAAGAAGAAAAAAUUGAUUUAGAAACACUGCAUAUGUGCAGUGAAAAUGAUAUUAAAGAAAUGGGUCUGCCAAUGGGACCACGGAAGAAACUUCUGUGUUAUCUUCAAGAAAGGGAAGAAAAGAAAGAGGAGGAAAAGCAUAUGUCCUUAAGCAAGCCAAGUGAACCUGUUCCAGUUUCACCUGUAAAUAUCAGUCAGAUGAUUGGUUCUCAAAGAACGGAAUCCGUUACUACAGUCAACUAUCACAUGGGUGUUGCUGGUACAGGCCAACCAUCUGUAAUCUAUCCAAAGCUAGACUUUGCACCCUCUUGUUUUUUUGCUCUUGGAUCACCUAUAUCUAUGUUCCUAGCCGUUCGUGGGAUCGAAACAAUAGGGGAAGACUAUAGGCUUCCAACUUGCCCAUGGUUUUUCAACAUCUUCCAUCCGUUUGACCCUGUGGCCUACAGAAUGGAGACACUAAUAGAUCCAAACAUGGCCAUCAAACCUGUUCAGAUUCCUCAUCACAAAGGAAGAAAAAGAAUGCAUCUAGAAAUCAAAGAUAGUCUUACUAAACUUGGAUACGACUUGAAGCAGAAACUGGUAGAAUCUCUCCGUUAUACCUGGAAUAGUAUUAAUGAAUUUGCAAGGGCUCAUCGUUCAACACAGUCCCAAAUAGAGGCUGUGAUGGACCAGGUUGUACAGGAAGAAGUUGAUCGACAGAGACAAGAAAGUGAUGACUUAGAAAGUACUGUUUCUGCAUCUGACGUAUCUUCAGAAGAAAUCCAAAUAGGCCAGCUAAAUGGUGGACGACGUAUAGAUUAUGUACUUCAAGAAAAGCCCAUUGAGAGUUUUAACGAAUAUCUUUUUGCUCUAGGAAGUCAUGCUUGCUAUUGGGAGUCUGAAGAUACAGUGCUUAUGAUUCUACGAGAGCUUUAUGCACUCCAAGGAAUUCGGCCAAAGAGACAAGGUCCACCAACACCACAGAAGAUUCCUUUGUAUAACCCCGCCAUUGCAAGACCUCCCCUACCACCUCUUCAGUCCUCAACAGCUUCAGACCUUGCAGCACCACCUGCUUUUGCGUCUAUGCUAAACACCUCCACAGCACCUCUACAGUUUUCACAACCCCCUCCUGUGAAUAAACCAGUUGGUCCCCCUCCUUUAUCUGGGUUUGUAAGUGCCUCCCCUUUUACAAAGAAAUAAUAAUAGUCUGUGCUACCCUACAAGUAUACACACCGAGUUAUUGUUAAAUACGUACAAGUAUCCUAAAGACUUAAAAUACACGACAAGCAUAUGAGAGAUUUCAAGUUAUAUCUCUUAGUGCUCUAAGAAUUAUCUUCUGUAAUAGGUAAGAACUUAGUAUAACAAAGCUCCUAUAAUAACAGUUAAGACAUUCCAUGUGUAGCAGGAUGUAUCAGAAAAAUAGUUUUUUGUUUUUACUUCAUUUUUACUAAAAAUGCUCCUUUAUGGCUUAACUUCAUACUAGUAACAGAAGCAUACCGACAGGAGUAGCAGUUAAAUAGUUCUUUGGGAAGUAAACAUAGUUUUUCAUUAAAGUAAAUACCAAUAUUGGACACAUGCAACAUAACUGAAACACUUGAAAGUUUAAUAGAGCCAAUAAAGUAAGUUUAAUGUUUUUUUAAACAGUACUUCUGAACAGAUCACACUGUAGUUUAUAUUAAUACUAUGCUAGAAAGUAUCUUUAAAGAACUUGUUAUAUAAUGGGUCUUCUAAAAACUUCAUGCUACAAAAUAUUGUCAUUUAGAGUGAAAGUGUUAUUGUAUCAUGAUUAAAGUGAUAUUUAUAGCUUGUGUAUUUCAGUAUUAACUAACUAUCAAACUUUAUUUUUUCUACAAAGAAGUUAACCACUUUUGUGGUAUAUUCAAAAAUACCAAAACAUUGAUUGGUAAUCUGAAUUAUUUGCUAUUGAAUUCAAUUUCUACUAAUUAAAAACUUAUCCUAUAAAAUGUUUUAAAUCAUAAAAAAUGCUAUUUUUAGAUUAUACACCAGCUGUCAAGUUACUAAAUAUGGCAAGAUUAUUUAAACAGUAUUAUUGUGAAAUGUUUUAAUAACUAGCCACAAGCAGAAGUGCUUUUGAACUUUGAAAUAAUUAAGUGGUGCGAGGAUUAUAAAACAUGUAGUAGUCUUGGGAAAACUUUUAAGUAAAUUAUACUUUUAUGUUUCUGCACUAUAUUUAAUAAGAUUAAAACACAUAAUGGGCAAAUAGCUUUGAGUUUUAGUUGUCAACAGCUAAUAUCCUAAUAAAACUAAAUUUGACAAUGUUAUUGGUGACUUAAGAAUGAAGACUACAAAGGUUAGUUUUUUUCAAAUAUUGGUCGUAUAUUCUACUAAUAUCUCUUGCUAUCCAUGUAUUAUUCUUAUAUGCAGCAAAUAUAAAUCAUAAAAGGUAUUGCUAAUAAAGAAACUCUUUUAAAUACAGUGGUAGUAAUGUAAGCAUGAUGAUUCAAAUUUACAUCAUAGUUUAAAAAACUAAACAUUAAUACUUUAGCAUUAGUUUAUUUUACUAUGUAAAUGGCUGAUAAAUAAUAAACUUGUCAACUGCUAAGUCCUUUCCAGAGAUGUUAAAGUAAAAUCUUAUUUGAAGAAGUUAUUUAUUACUCUUUAUUAAUAUAAAAUUAUCUCAGCUUUAAGAGGUUAUGUACUCGCAAAGAAAGAUUAACAAGUAAUUAGAAUUGCCAGUUAUGUUUACUGACAUUAAAAUGAGUGACAAGCCUUUUUGUCAGCCGAGAUUUAUCUAUUCUAUACAGUUUAAGGAUGUAUUCUGAAACAGCUGUAUUGAAGUUGUAAUGUUGUUGUUAAACAUCUGAUUUGAAUUCCUUUUAAUGCCCUUUCUUUGCAAUAAUAUAUACAUCUGAGGUAACAAUACAUUAAGUUUAAACUUAUCAGCUCCCAAAAUUUGGGAAGUUAGUGUAAGUGUAAAUAUCUGUGUUUUACUUGUGGAUUGUUAUGUAAAAUAAAUCAAGGGAAGUGGUUCAUUCAUUUAAUGCUGUUUCUUCAUACUUUUAUUUUGGUUUCAAUUUCUGAGAUUUGUACACAUUGAUUAAAGGUUUUCAGUGAUU